CUCAAUGGAGGCUCCUGUGCAGAACGUGAGAAGUACCAGAAGAUCCAAAGAAGAUAAAAAACGGUUGAAGCGACAAAUAAAAGCUUCUCACACACUGCUGAAGCAUGAAGGCAUCGCCACCGCGCUCCAGCCCACUCAGUGUGUGGUGGUGUGUAAUGGAGGUUUAGGGAACGGUGUGAGCAGGGAGCUGCUGUUGGAGGUGCUGACCGCAGGUGGCGCUGUGAUCCAGUCUCUCCUCAUGCCUCCUAAUAAACCCUACAGUUUUGCCACCUUCACGUCUCUACAGGAGAGCCAGAGAGCUCACACUCUGUGUAACGGCCACGUGCUGGACUGUAACGGACAUGACGUCACUCUGUACUGCAGCUACGUCCAGCCAGUGGAUGGAGGAGUGAGGAGUGGACCUGAGUGUGUGUCUCUCCCCCCUGGUCUGUGUGUGCUGGAGAACUUUGUGUCUCCUGAAGAAGAGUGUCGGUUGUUGCAGGCUGUGGACUGGACGUCGCAUGAUGAUGAUGAUGUCACAGCACGGAGCGAAGCACAGCGAGAACUGAAGCACCGCAGAGUGAAGCAUUAUGGGUACGAAUUUCGCUAUGACAACAACAACGUGGACAAAGACAAACCGCUGCCUGAAGGUCUGCCGUUGGUGUGUGAGUCUGUGCUGCAGAGGUGUAUGUGUGACGGACACAUCAGCUUCCUUCCUGACCAGCUGACAGUCAACCAGUACAAGAGUGGACAAGGGAUCCCCCCGCAUGUGGACACACACUCAGCGUUUGAGGACACUAUCCUGUCCCUCAGUCUGGGAGCACAGACUGUGAUGGAUUUCCGUCACCCUGAUGGUCAGUCUGUAGCUGUGGUUUUACCAGUGAGGAGUCUCUUAGUAAUGAAAGGGGAGAGUCGUUACCUCUGGACUCAUGGUAUAACACCCAGGAAGUUUGAUGUGGUACCUGCAUCAACAGCUGAGAGGUCAGGGGUGGUGAACUUUGACCCCAGUGAUCUGACUUUGAACCAGCGUGGAACACGGACGUCCUUUACCUUCCGCAAAAUCCGACACACACCCUGUGACUGUGCGUACCCAUCAGUGUGUGACAGUCAGCGCCCCCCCUCCCCCCCUUGUCUCCCGGUUGCUCGUAGCGACGCAUGCCACUUAGAGGAGCAGUAUGUUCACCGUGUUUAUGAGGAAAUCUCCGCCCACUUCAGCAGCACUCGCCACGCUCCCUGGCCACGGGUCCGCGACUUCCUGCUCUCGUUGCCGAGCGACGCCAUCGUGGCCGACAUCGGCUGUGGUAACGGCAAAUACCUGGGAAUCAACCCUCAGGUGUUUUCGCUGGGCUGUGACCGCAGCAUGAACUUGGUGUCCAUCUGCGCUGAGCGAGGUUUCCCCUCGGUGGUGUGUGACGCUCUGUCCGUCCCCCUGCGCAGCUCCGCCUUCGACGCUGUCAUCUCCAUCGCUGUCAUCCAUCACUUCUCCACACAGGAGAGGAGACUGGCGGCCGUCACUGAGCUGGUGCGUCUGCUGAAGGUCGGAGGUCGUGCCCUGAUCUACGUCUGGGCGAUGGAGCAGGAAUACAAGAACCAAAAAUCCAAAUAUCUCAAAACUGACAGGACGCAGAACACGGACCCAGAAACGUCCAAGCUGACCGCUGAACACAUGAACGACCAGGAACAAACCGAAAGCGAGUCCAGUGUGAGGCAGGUGCAUGCUGGGAAAGUGAGCUCAAACCCAGCUGACACAGAGGAGAAUUGUGGGAAGGAAGCCCCGCCCAGACUGAGCGUUCACACCAACCGCACGGCGUUUGUGUCUCAGGACCUCCUUGUCCCGUGGCAUCUGAAAGCUGAAUUGAAGACGAGUCCCGGUCCCGUGUUCCACCGCUUCUAUCACGUGUUCCAGCGAGGAGAGCUGGAGGAUCUGUGUGGGUGUGUCAGAGGGGCGGAGCUACAGCACAGCUACUACGACCAGGGCAACUGGUGCAUCAUCCUGCAGAAAACACACCAACCAUAAUGGCUACCAACACACACAUACACAACAUACACACACACACACACACACACAACAUAUACACACAUAUACACACGACUCUGUGACAUACACCACACACACACACACACACAACAUACACACACACAACAUAUACACACGACUCUGUGACAUACACCACACACACACACACACAACAUACACACAAGUCUGUGACACACACACAUGACUCUGUGACAUACACCACACACAUACACACACACACA